CUCCGCCUUUCUCAUUUCCUCUCUCCUUCCCUCUUUUUUACAUCAUAUAGUCUGUUUAAGUCUUGGUGAUCUUUGCGCCUUGGUCACUUUGGUCACUUUGGUCAUUUUGGUCUUCUUGACCGCCACGACCACCAUGACCACCGCCUCCCUCUCCCAGAGUGCCCAGAGCCAGACCCUGGGCGCCAUCAUCCCAUUUGCCGUCUUAUCCAUCAUUGCCGUCGUCCUCCGUUUGCUGGCCAAAUCACUGACUCGGCUGCGAUUUGGCUUGGAUGACUAUUUAAUUAUUGUGGGAUUGGCUUGCUCGUUGGGCUGCUUCAGUCUUUCCACCAUCAUGGUGGGACUGGGAUCAGGCCGUCAUCUGGCUGUCGUGUCCACAGGGAACAUCCCCAAAUAUCUCAAGUGCAUGUAUGCGUACCAGAUGGUCUACACCGCAACCAUCCUCUCCGUCAAGCUGUCCAUCCUCACCUACUACGUGCGCAUCUUCCAAAUCCGCCCCUUCCGCGUCGCCGUCUACGUCGUCGGUAGCCUGGUCGUGGCCUGGGCCGUCAUUGUGUGGUUUAUCUCCAUUUUCUCCUGCCGGCCGCUGAACGGCUUCUGGGACAAGUCGGUGCCGGCCACCUGCGUCAGCAGCAAGGCAUUCUACGUCGGGAACGCGGUCCCCAACAUCUGUACCGAUGUGAUGAUCUUGAUCCUGCCACUGCGCAUGGUUUGGGGGCUGCAGACCACUCGCAUUCAGAAGGUCACUCUAUCGGCUAUCUUUCUCCUGGGAGGCUUUGUGGUGGUUUGCAGUUGUAUUCGACUAUCGACGCAGUUCAAAGUCGAUGAUCCAGAUUUCACCUGGGCCAUGAAUGGCACCGUGAUCUGGACCUCGCUCGAGGUCUCCUUUGGCGUCAUCUCCGCCUGCCUGCCCACGAUGCGUCCGAUUGUCCGCUGGGUCAUGCGAAAUCUGAACAUCGAACCCACAGACACGUCCAAAUCCUCCCAGCGCUAUUUCCCCUCGAGCCACGUUACCGGGCGUGGGUUCGAGACUCUGUCAGGUUCCGGGGUCGACCCCCAGACACAUCAACUACACACCACCGCAGUUCGCAGUACCAGUCGGACGGAGAGUACUAACGGCGAGGAGUUGUUGCUGGGGCAGAUUCAGGUUAAAAAUGAGGUCCGAUUCGAGGCUGAGUCGGUAUAGGGCUGGCGGAGUUGUAAUGGUCUUUCUGUAUAUAGUAAAGUUUCGUAUCCAG